AUAUUCGUUUGAUUUGAGUAAUGUAGUUAGUAAGCUCUGUGUUGGUAAGCUUGGUCGUUCAGUACCAAUUUCUCUUUGUUGCUCUGCUUUCAAUGCUUUGUUCUAUCUUCUCGUCAUUGUCUUUCUUUAUUGAUAUUGAUUGUUAUUUAAAUUCGUUAUAUUAUUAAUUUAAUUUGCUUAUAAUUAAAAUAUAUAAGUUAUAAAUUUUAUGAUCACAAUGGUGAAAACAGUGUACUUGAUUGGUGAUGUAUUAAGUGAAUUUGGUGGAAAAAAAUUACCUUCAUUGAAAGAGGUGACCGGGGUGACCCCACACUCCCCUAUUUCAUAUAAUUCUCAACCAAUUCCAGAAGAUGUUGAAGAUAUGGAUGUUGAUGUAAGCGAUGAAAAUAAUAACUACAGUAAUAGUGAUAACAAUAAUAAAGAGAAUAUUGAUAUCAAUUAUAAUAACAAUAAUGAUAGUGGUACAUUUGAUGUCGGAGAGUUCGGUAAUGACAAUGUUGACUAUUCUUGUACAGUUGAGACUGAUAAUGUUGUUAAUCAUGAAAUAUCAAGUCAAACAUCUAAGUUAUCCCAGAAAUCUUUGGAAAGUAAUACUUCUCGUAUAAUCUCUGAUUAUGAAGAUGAAAUUCCAAAACAACAAGUUCCUAAAAUUGAUCUAAUGACACCAGAACUUGCUGCGGCUUUGGAUAGAGCUAAUGUGGGUAGUAGGUCGGCGACUUACAUUUUUGCUACUUUAUUAUCUAGCCUAAAUAUUGAUUGUGCAAGCGUAAACUUCAGUCAUUUGACUAUUCACCGAGCACGGGAAAAAUUUCGCAAAGAAGCGACGUUAAAUCUGAAAACUAAUUUGGAAACUGAUAAUUAUGUGCUACAUUUUGAUGGAAAACUGUUGUCAGAUAUUACAGGUAUAGAACAAGUUGACCGGCUUCCUAUUAUUUUAUCAUCAUCAGGUAAAUUUCAACUGUCAGGAGUCCCCAAACUAGAAUCUGGAACUGGACAAAAUCAAGCUUCAGCUAUUAUUACAACAGUAAAACAAUGGAAUAUUAAUACUGACAACAUCAAAACAUUGUGUUCUGAUACUACAGCGUCAAAUACGCUGUAGUAUUUUGGAAGUUAUAACACCAAUCAAAGAUGAAAUUUUAAAAUUCGUUAAUAAUCAAAUAGAAAUGGAUCAUUGUCGUGACGAUUACCGUGAACUCCUGCAAUUACCAUCGAUAUUUUUGAGUGCUACUACCACAAAUAUUACAUUUAAGCGUCCUGGAGCCGUCCAUCAUGCAAGGUGAAUGGCUAAAGCAAUAUAUAGUUUAAAAAUUUUUUUAUUUAGAAAUGAAUUUCAUCUUACUAAAUCAGAAAUAGCUGGAUUACGAGAACUUAGUUUAUUUAUCAUAAUAUUCUAUUUAAAAGCUUGGUAUACUGCGCCGUGCGCUAUAGCAGCACCUAAUAAUGAUUUAACUUUAAUUAAAGAAUUAAUUUCAUAUAAAAAAUUUAAUAAUACUAUUUCACGGGCAUGCUCAGAAAAAUUAGCCGAUCACUUGUGGUAUUUAAAUAACGAGUUGUCUGUUUUAUCUCUCUUUGACGAAACUGUUUCAGUUGAAACAAAAAGAAGAAUAGUUCAUGCUUUAAAAAACUGUGAAACCAAUGAAACUACAACGAGUCGUUUUAUAAUCGAUAAAAAAAAUUUAGAGUCAUUAUUAAAUAAAGAUCUUAGUCAAUUUGUAUCUAUGAGAUCGAUAAAUCUGUUUAAAUCGUUUGAUUUGUCGUAUGAUUUCAUUGAUGAGGAUGUAACUUUGUGGCCUCAGAAUCUAAAUUACAAAAGAAACUUGGAGUAUUUUGAGAAACUUCAAGUUGUAAAUGAUGUAGCAGAACGCGGCGUGGCAUUGAUAGAGCAGUAUAAUCGAUGCUUAACGAAAAAUGAAGAACAGUUUCAGAUCAGUAUUUAUUGCAAGUAGUGACAGAACACAGAAAACGAUAUCCUAAUUGCAAUAAAUAAAAAUAAUUUUAUAAAACUGUAAUAUUUUCAAG